UCUAAUUUAACAACCAGUCUGAGAGUCAGAGAGAGAGAGACAGAGUGAGAAAGAUGAAGUCCAAUUCCUCUACUUUGAUCAAACUUUUAGUACUAGGAUGUCUUUCAGUUGUUUGUGUUGCAGAAGAUUUUGAUUUCUUCUACUUUGUCCAGCAGUGGCCAGGGUCAUACUGUGACACAAAGAAAAGUUGCUGCUAUCCAACGACAGGGAAGCCUGCAGCUGAUUUUGGCAUUCAUGGGCUGUGGCCAAAUUACAAGGACGGUUCAUACCCCUCAAACUGCGACCCUAGCAACCCCUUUGAUCAAUCUGAGAUUUCAGAUCUAAGAAGCAGCAUGCAGAAAGAAUGGCCAACACUAGCUUGCCCCAGCGGCAGUGGCAUAGAGUUCUGGACACAUGAAUGGGAAAAGCAUGGCACCUGCUCAGAGUCUGUGAUUGACCAACAUGGUUACUUUGCAGCAGCUCUUAACCUCAAAAAGAAAUUAAGCCUCCUCCAAGCUCUUGAAAGUGCAGGCAUACAACCAAAUGGGGAUUCUUACAGCCUUGGAAACAUCAAGGAUGCAGUUAAAUCUGCAACUGGUUUCACUCCAUUCAUAGAGUGCAAUGUGGAUGAAUCUGGCAACAGCCAACUUUACCAGGUUUACUUCUGCGUGGACACUUCUGGCUCCGACCUCAUUGAAUGCCCAGUUUUCCCCCAUGGAAAAUGUGGUUCACAGAUUGAGUUUCCUUCUUUUUAGACAUGUAGAAAGAGAGAGAAAAAUGGCUCAAAGAUCACAGCAUGUGACGAAUGUGAGCGUUCACUAAUCAUGAAUUCUAAAUGUUGUCCAGUUUCAAUAACCCCAUUUUCUGAAAUGCCUCUCUGUUUCUUGAUGUAUGAAGUGCUAGUCAAUCAGUCAGAGUUAUUAAGGGGAUGAUUGCUUCAAUAGAAUUAUAUUCAUC